AUGACCACCCCUAGAGUCUUCGUUAUCCGUCACGGCGAAACCGAAUGGUCUCUUAAUGGUCGCCAUACAGGAACCACCGAACUCCCACUCACAGCCAAUGGAGAAAAAAGAAUUCGCGCAACAGGACGAGCAUUAAUUGGUGAUGAUCGAUUGAUUGUUCCUAGAAAUUUAGCUCAUAUUUAUGUAUCCCCUCGAAAGCGCGCUCAGAGAACUCUCGAACUUCUUGAAGUAGGAUGUGCUGAGAAGCUUCCAUGGGAAGAGCAAAGAAAACAUGCUGAAUCUGGAAUUCGCACAUCAGCCAAAGUAGAAAUAACCGAAAACAUCCGCGAAUGGGACUACGGAUCCUACGAAGGCAUAACCUCCGCACAAAUCCGCUCCGAUCGCAAAGCAGCCGGACUCCCCGAAUGGGAUAUCUGGCGCGACGGCUGUCCAGACGGAGAAUCCCCCGAACAAGUCACCGAAAGAAUCGACGCUCUCAUCUCCGACAUCCGAACCAAAUACCACGGUCCAGUUAUUGGGAAGAGUAAAAAAGAGGCGGGGCCAAGUGAUGUAUUAAUCGUAGCUCAUGGACAUAUUCUCCGAGCGUUCGCGAUGAGAUGGGUAGGUAAGACGUUGAUGGAUGGACCUACAUUUUUGCUUGAGGCGGGGGGUGUAGGAACGCUGAGUUAUGAACAUAAGAGUUUAGAGGAACCGGCUAUUUUACUCGGUGGAGCGUUUAUGGUGGAUGUGGUGGAGAAUUCGGCGAGAGAUGAGAGAGGGAGGGUGAUUGAGGAGGAGGAGGGGAAAUAA